GUAUGUGUUUGUUUGUUUUUUUUAAUUUCCUUUUCUUUUAUUGCUAAGCCUACUUCCUUGUACAGAACAGACUGGAACUCUUUUAGACUAGAAGUCACUAUUGCAGUUUCUGAACAUUCUGAACAAAACUGGAUAUAUCUACAGUCAGGUGGGGCUUAACUGAAUACACUUUAAAGGAUUUUGUAAAUAAGUUUGAGAAUUCCUUUCCAAAAAUAAUUAAAGUGACAGAAGGCUUUUUGGGGCGACAGGAGUUGGACAGCAUCAGUUCAAGCACAGUUCUACAUGUCCACUCACUUUAUUCUCAAGACAGAGCUGUUGUUGAAAGCAAAUCUGGAAAAAUAUUUUCUCUGCCUGCAAAAAUGAAGCAAGUGUUGUUCCUUGUCAUAAGGCCUAUUGGAACGCCAGAGGGACCUUUUAGUCUGUUGAAAAUUCUGGAGGAAAAUGUUUUACCUGUCACCAUAAGGCCUACACAACCUUUAACCUUCCAGGAAAUGAACAAUCCUACUAGUGCUUGCCACAGGGUGGAACUGCUAACUGUUACUCAAGUCUUCAAGGAAACAUUUUUGCUGGGCCACAGUAUUAAUAACAAAGGCUUCUUAGAAGUGCAGACACCAUUGGUUCUUCCAAUGUAUAUGAAACAAGUGCGUCUAGCCUUGGCAGAGGGUUUGAAAGAUAAUAAUGAAGAGGAAUGGGAUGCAGCCUGCACAGAAUACAGUCAGACAGUACAACAGAAAGCAAACAUGGAUCACUUCAUCUUUGAAGAGAUUUCCUUACUUGAUAAGCAAGAAAUAAUGAAACAUAGGAAUAUGUAUUCAGAGGUUGAGCCCAUUUACAUGGAUCUCAACAAACAGUUGAAAAAACCAACCCCACCGCCCAAGCCUGAGAAGAAUGUAGCUUGCAAGUUUUUUAGUUUUGCUGAUGUGCCCAAAGAUCUCCAUGAGGCCAGCGUGGAUGAAAUAUGUGACUGCCUUUUGCUACUCAACUUAAAUCAGUAUAUUCAAUCAUUCCGCACAGAACAAAUUGAUGGACAAUUUUUGUAUGACCUGGAUGAGGCCUUGAUGCGAGAAAAUCUGGGAAUGAGUAAACUUCAUGCAGCCAAGCUAUUACGCUUCAGAGAUGGCUGGAGACCCCGACUAGAGGAAAGCAUUUAGCAGGGUACUUGUAUGCGAGCAGAAGACAACCUUAACAUUAGAUUAGUAUUUAUUUUGAGGAAAAAUAAGCAUGGUCCAUGCAUGUUUAAAGAUUAAAUUCUUAUCUUAUCACUUUGUUGGUAAUUCUGCUGUUUCAUUAUUAACAACCAAAGAGUAUAUGCAAGUUCUAACACUCCACGAAUGUCCCAGAACAAAUGGAGGUAUUGUGACAACCUAUUACAAUAGAUGUUCCAAAAGUUUCCGCAGUUUUAUUAACUCUAUUUAUUAAAAAUUUCAAAAGCAAAAUGCAUCACUUUUCUACAUAGUCACCUUUGUUUGUGAUGCAAUUUUCCCAGCGUCAUACCAACUUUUUAAUGCUCAAUUACUACUCCGCCCGCCUUCACCAUUUCUAAAGAAAAUGUAAGGAAAGUGUGGAAAUUUUUUGAACGUCCCUCGUAUUUGCCUUUGAGUGCUUUAGAAAAGCAUUGAUAUAAACAAAAUUAAAAAGUUGUUCAGGGCAAUUGAUUAAUCUUUACCCAACUAAAAAUAAUACAGAGUUUACUUUUAUAAAAUUCACAUUAUGGACAGUCAUUAAAUGUUCUGUGCACCCUUAUAAUUGCACCCUACAUUUUGCUUAAUGAGCAGGAAGAGUGAGGACCCUGGAGACAGAAUUAUUAUUUUUUUUUAAUUUCACUGCAGUCUGAACUAUUUCAACUAUUUUCUGCUCUCAUACACUGUAUAUCUGCUUAAUCUAUUGUAGCUGACUAUGGAUUUACAUUACUGCUGCCCUGAACUACUGUAAUUUGGCAGUGUUGCUCAAAAACAUGAACAUUGUACCAUUAAUAUACUGGUACCAUAGUAGAAAAUUAAAGACACACAAUGGUUUUUAUGUAA